AUGUAUCCUCAUCAUGGUGCCCCCAUGGCACCGCCCCAAAAACCGGAAACCUUCAUGCUUUCGACCGAGGCACAACAAAGCCUCCCACACGACGCGCAAGUCGCACUCCAACAAGUGGAUAAUCUGAAAUAUUUCUUGCUAUCAGCUCCAGUUGAUUGGCAACCGGAUCAGCUUAUCCGGCGCUUCUUGCUUCCCACGGGCGACUAUGUCUCUUGUGUUCUCUGGAGCAACCUUUUCCACAUCUCCGGUACCGAUAUUGUCCGAUGUCUCGCAUUCCGAUUCCAGGCCUUUGGACGUCCCGUGAAGAACUCGAAGAAGUUUGAGGAGGGCAUUUUCUCGGAUCUGCGCAACCUCAAGGCCGGCACUGACGCGACACUGGAGGAGCCGAAGAGCGGGUUCCUGGACUUUUUGUACAAGAAUAACUGCAUUCGAACUCAGAAGAAGCAGAAGGUGUUUUUCUGGUACAGCGUGCCGCACGAUCGCCUGUUCCUGGAUGCACUGGAGCGCGAUCUGAAGCGCGAAAAGAUGAACCAGGAAGCCACCACGGUCGCAGUCAGUGAACCGGCCAUGUCAUUCGAAUUUGACUCCUCUCAGUCUCUGUAUGAGCAACUGACCAAGUCUCAACAAGCAAACUCCUCAUCGUUUGCUGCUCACGCAAGUACGACAUAUGGUCAGCCCAACUCCCCCGUGGUUCGGACCGUUGACGCAAUGCCUCCCCCCGCAGAUGGCUCCCCGGCGAUUCCUCUGCUUCAGGACGACACUACACACCCCAUGUACAGUCACCCGCAAGCAGCGCCCUUGUCGAACAAUCUAGUCCAGAGCAUCAUUAAGCGUGAGCAGGACUAUGGCCCUAUUCAGUACGAUCGCAACGGAAUGCCUCUUCCCCGCGCCCACCAGCGCCAUUCUUCCAUGCCGACCUUCUACGAAUACUCCCCCGCGCCAUCCUUUGUGUCCUCCCACUACGAGGAUUACAGCAACCGCGGUCUCUCGUUCGAGCCCGUCACCCCGCCGCAACACUCAGUAGGAAUGGGCGCGGAGCCUGCCUAUAUCGCCAACGAGGACACUGGACUCUACACCGCGAUCCCGGACAUUUCAAACGGACCCGCCUACCAACCUAUGAUGCAGCUCCCGCCUUCGAAUUUGGCAGGUGCUCACUACCAGCCUGCGCCUCGGUCUUUUUCGUCUCACCCAUAUCCGGUCAUUGAGGGAUCUCCCACAUACAAGCAACGCAGGCGCAGGUCCUCGAUCCCGCCUAACAGCGGAAACGUCGCCCCCACCGCAGCUCACUCUCAUUCCACCACACCGGUACCUCAGCCCAUGUCGUAUGCUGCUCAUCGCCCGAGCGAUCUGCGUCGUUCAGUCUCUAGCUCGGUUGCCCCAGUUGCAGAGGGAGACGAGAACCAAGAUCUCGCGCGCACUUACCCAAGUGCCAUGCUGCCUCGGAAGGAUCUCCUUCAAGAGAUGUCCCGUCACAGCACACCGCUGCAGAGCCUGGACCAGAGCACUCAUCAACACUCUAGCUCUUUGGUGAGCCAGGGCGACGAUUUGACAGCGCUUCCCACCAGUGGCGCUCUAGAGACUGCGGUUCAGAACACUUCGGGGCGGUCUGAGCGUUCAGCGCCCGGUCCCACUCGCCGAGCUAGAAGUGCGACAAUGAUGGAGUUGGGACCCUACCCCCACAAGUCUCACUCCUGCCCAAUCCCAUCCUGUGGCAGACUUUUCAAGAGAUUAGAGCAUCUCAAAAGACACGUGAGAACACACACCCAAGAACGCCCAUACCCUUGCCCAUAUUGCAGCAAAGCCUUCUCUCGGUCCGACAACCUUGCACAACACCGUCGGAUCCACGAAGCUCAGCAGGAUGGCCAGUCCAUCGUUCCGCUUGACGACGACCUGGAAAAUGAUGAAAAUGAUUAUGACUCCUCUAGAGAGGACAUGUCCCCACCAGAGCCCGCUCACGCCAUGAUCAACAUGACGAACAUGACCACCAUGCCGACUCCUAUGAGCAUGCCAUCUUCCAUGUCUGGCAUGGUAGCCCCACACAUGAUCGCACCUCAGCUCUUGCAGCAGCACAUGUGA